UUCACCUGAACACAAGAAAGCCCAUGUCCUGGCAUGAUAACGUGGAAGAACCUGAAGAUGACAGGUUUAUCAGUCUUAUUCACCAUGCUGCCAAAGGACCAAAGAUGAAAUACUCAGAGGCACAAACUGAAAAUCAGGAGUAUGGAUGGCACUCUGAGCCAUUGGUCAACCCAGGACGCCAGGACCACAGGCUGAACCACUUCCGAGUCUACAAGGACAUCACUCUGUACAAAGCUAAAUUGUGGAGCCUGGGAGAAGAUGACCUCCACAAAAAGUCUCUGAGCAGUGAUGUCUGA